UGUUGCAUAAACCCUAAAACCUUAACAUAGAUAAUGCGCAAGUUUAAACUAAUUUGCCAUACUGUGAUUUCAGGACACUUCUACUGGUGGCCCUGCCCGUGCCUACCCUGUGGGUGGACUCUGUUACUACCUGUCUCCGCCGGAAUCGUUUGCUUUGGUACUGGAGGAUCCGGUACAUACGGUGGUUUACAUCGUUUUCAUGCUUGGAUCCUGUGCUUUCUUCUCGAAGACCUGGAUAGAAGUAUCUGGUUCAUCUGCAAAGGAUGUAUGUUUUCAGCCCCUCAGUCUGUGUAUCUGUUGCUUUCCCCACUGUAUAAUAUAAGAUACUUAAUGAUGUGUUUUGUUGAUCUGUCUGUAGGUUGCUAAGCAGUUGAAAGAGCAGCAAAUGGUAAUGAGAGGACACAGAGAGACCUCCAUGGUCCAUGAGCUCAACCGGUAAUUAAAAUGCUGUUCCUAUAAUGAACUUUAUAUAGACAGCUGUUGGUUUAGUAAGGGGGAAACAAGAUUAAUAUAGUCUAAAUCCAGAGAAUUCAGAGUACACUUUAAAUGUAAUUUAUAGGAGAUGUGUUGGCAUUAAGGGAUGAAUGAGUCAGGAUGUGGAAAAAAUAUUCUAGUGUAAUAGUUUUGUAUUUUCAACAUGAUAUCAGAUUAUUGUAAAUAACAUCUCUGAAUAGUCUGCUAAUGCUCAAUAUUAUUUGUAUUUCUCCACUUGGAGCAUAUUGGUCGAUUGCUAAUGUCUGUCUGUGAAGCAGUAUAUUAACCCUUUCCACUGUCCUGUUGAAUUAGGUGACAUUAACUAGUAAGACCUGUGUAAUUGUGGAAUAUAGGAAGUUAUAAAAUCAGUAUUUAUAGUAGAUUUUUUUUUCUUGUGCAGCUUUGGAAAGUAAGAGUUUAUUUUUGGUUUCUAAUAAAUGUUGUUCUUUCGCAUGUCAGGUACAUCCCAACAGCUGCCGCUUUUGGGGGUCUUUGUAUUGGAGCCCUUUCUGUCCUGGCUGACUUUCUUGGAGCAAUUGGGUCUGGAACCGGUAUCUUGUUGGCAGUCACCAUUAUAUACCAGUACUUUGAAAUUUUUGUGAAGGAGCAAAGCGAAGUAGGAAGCAUGGGAGCCUUGCUCUUCUAAAGGAUUCACACAGCAGAUCCAAUUCAUAAGAAUGAGCUGAUUAAUUGCACGGCUUGGAAGGCAAAUUCUAAACGUGUAUUCAAGGGACUUCAGAGAGGGAAGGACUUAUCAAUUUUGGUGUUUACUCACCACCAAUGUCCUCAAACAUCCUUUUUGGUUUUCCUUUACCAGAUUCUAGCCAUUUUAUAAAAUCAUGGACAACGUACAGAAUUUAUUUGGUGAACAUUUUUAAUUUCAUUAUUAAUGGGUUCAAGCAGGUUGCUGGUCUAUUUAAGGCAUCUGAUAGACACCCUUUCACAUGGUUGAUGCAUCUCUGUGCUAGAUUGGAGCAGGAGUAUUGGUAUUAUUUUUCCUUUUUUUCAAUAAAACUU